AUGCAGCCGCUGGCGAAACAGUCCCCUCCUACGGCACUCGACUGGCACAACUGGAAGGACUGGCUCUGGAUCCUGUUGCCUAUUGGGGUCAUCGCGGCCGGCCUGGUGGCCUACCGCAUCUACCGACCCUGUGCACUCCUUGGCUUGGCACAGGCUGCGCCAGCCCAGACCCCUCGAGUAUCUAGCCAGAUAAAUCCCCAUAAUCUUGAAAGCACUUCCUGCCCACCUGGCCGGACCUCACAAGUGCAGAGUCAGGUUAAUUUCGCCCCACCAGUAGCUGCUCCCAACCCUGCUUCCAGCCCACCUGCUUCCAGCCCACCUGGCCAGACCUCACACGUGCCGAGUCAGGUGAAUCCUAUCCUCCCAGAGGUUGCUACCAGCCCUGCAACCACCACUUCCGCCACCACAACCACUACUAUCUCCACCUCUACCACCACAACCGUAGAGCCUAUAUCCACUGACGUCACCAGCACCUCUACUGUUCCUUCUACGUCCAUUGACCGACCCAUCACCCUCACCACUGACGCAUCCACAACUCAAACUGCGCCUCUCCAACCACCUGCUAUACUAUUGUGCACUUCCUGCCCACCUGGCCGGACCUCACAAGUGCAGAGUCAGGUUAAUUUCGCCCCACCAGUAGCUGCUCCCAACCCUGCUUCCAGCCCACCUGCUUCCAGCCCACCUGGCCAGACCUCACACGUGCCGAGUCAGGUGAAUCCUAUCCUCCCAGAGGUUGCUACCAGCCCUGCAACCACCACUUCCGCCACCACAACCACUACUAUCUCCACCUCUACCACCACAACCGUAGAGCCUAUAUCCACUGACGUCACCAGCACCUCUACUGUUCCUUCUACGUCCAUUGACCGACCCAUCACCCUCACCACUGACGCAUCCACAACUCAAACUGCGCCUCUCCAACCACCUGCCUCUGACUCACCACAAACAGGGAUUACGGGAACUCCACCCCCCAACCAACCAAACCAAGUCCUCAACAAUCACCGCCCUGCUCGAAGACAACAACAACAACAACAAACACAUCGUGAGAGAACAUCACAAACAAACGCAGCCUCCCCACCCACAGAACCCAGCACCCCCCACGCCGCAGCGCACCAGCCGCCCGCCACCACCCUGCCGGGCCGCGCGCACGACAUGGACAGCGAGCCGAGCCACCGCCCUCCGCUAUCCCAGCGCCUGCCACCCGUCCACCUCACAACUCACGGCAAAACACUAGCCAGCACAGACGUCCAAGCACCUACUGCCGUCACUGCAGGAAGAGAGGUCAUUCCACGGAAGACUGUACCAGGAGGACGAGGUGUGAGCAUUGUAACCGCCUGGGCCACACACAUCAGGACUGCCUCACACGCCUCAACCAGGAGCGGCAGGAAAGGUUAUUUGCUCACCUCAUAA